CUGACCCGUUAAAUAAGCGACCAUUGUAAGAUCUCAUACUCAAAACGGCCGCUGUUCGGUCUUCGAACCACCCAAAAACGCCAUAGUUUCCCCUCUUAAAACCCGCUACGCUCACCGUUUAUACUACUACAACUUACAGCUACAAAAAUCGAACGCUCCAAAAAAAAAAAAAAACUAGUAGUAAAAGACUGAGGGAGGAGGAGGAUUCGGCCGUCGAAUCUCAACCUCUUUCUCCCUCUCGAGCAGAGCUGCGAAGAAUCUGGCUGCAUUCCGUCAUCUCUCUCAGCUCUGUCUCUCGUAUAUUUCCUUUUCAGAAAUGGAUUAUUAGUUUCACCAGCUUGGCUAGUGAUGGACCACAAUCACUUAUCGAUAAAGACAUAUAUGGCCAUCACGGCUGAGCGAGAUGCGGCCAUCCGGGAAAGGAACAUGGCACUGGAGGAGAGAAAGAGGGCCUUCUCUGAGAGAGACAUGGCAAUGCUUCAGCGGGAUGCAGCUAUUGCUGAACGUAAUUCUGCCAUACAAGAACGAGAUGAGGCCAUUGCUGCUCUGCAAAUAAGGGACUGCUCUGUAAAUAAUAUGCUUUCUGACUCCGCUGAGGAUGGGGUUGCAGAUGGAACCGAAGACAUGCAUUACCAGCAUAUGCAUCACGCUAUGGUUAAUGCUGCAUUUAGUCCUAGAGAUAUUCUAACUAGUGAGACCUUUAAUAGUACACAAGUUGCUUCUGAAACUGCGAAAGCCACGAAAGUGAGGCAGCCAAAGGAAGGUAAGAUGACAAAAUCAGUCAAGUCUCCAAGGUCGCCUAAAAGACGGGCUGAAGGCAUGAUUAAGCCACUAACUCCUGCUUCAUCAAAUGGUUGGAAUGCUGGCCAUGAUUUGAAACGCGAGGAAGAAUUAGAAGGGCAUCUUGGUACGUGGAAGGAUAAUAUAGGCUUGAAUCAAAUAAACUUUGACGAAACUUCCAUGCCAGUGCCAGUUUGCUCCUGCACUGGAACACCCCAGCCUUGUUAUAAGUGGGGGAAUGGUGGAUGGCAGUCGGCUUGCUGUACAACGACCAUGUCUGUGUAUCCGUUACCUCAGGUAUCUAAUAAGCGGUAUACCAGAGUCGGUGGCAGAAAGAUGAGUGGAAGUGCCUUCAAUAAAUUGCUAAAUCGACUUGUUGCCGAGGGUCAUGACCUGUACUCUGCUCCACUUGAUCUGAAGGACCAUUGGGCAAAGCAUGGCACGAAUCGGUAUAGCACCUUGAAGUGACUCCAGAAUGACCUGCUGUCAGUGUUGCACACAUGUUGGACGGUUUAUGUAUGGUGCAAUCUUAUACCGCCCAUUAGCGGAGAUAUUGGAGGGGCUCAACUCUGAAUUCUGCUGGUGCUCAUCAAAUCCCAGAUUAUAAACAAUGGAAAGGAAAAUAUACAGAGCUCAAAAUUUGUUUUCCAUGUUCUGUUGUAUUUUGUUUGGUGUUGCUAUGGAUUAGGACAAAAAUUUGUUGUUGGGCAUACAUGAUACGGGGAGAAAGAUUAUGUAUAUGAAAUCUGAAUACUCAAACAGCUAUAUACCAAUUGAACCUGAAGCUGCAAAAUCUUACCACCGGAGCGAAUGCUGUAAUUUGGCACCUUCAA